AUGGUUAACGUAAAAAUAAAUGGAAGUGAGGUUUCUAUGGAAGUAGAUACAGGAGCAGCUGUCUCUGUAAUGGGGAUCUCAGCUUACAAAAGAAUAAAGAAGAAUGAAGGAAAAUUACAAAAUUCUGGUGUUGUUUUGAAAACCUACACAGGAGAGCUGAUUAGACCAGAGGGAAUAGGGUUGGUUGAAGUAGUGUAUAAUGGACAAUGUUGUAAGCUACCUAUAACUGUAGUAAAAGGAAAUGUGCCCACAUUAAUGGGCAGAGACUGGAUGCAGCGUUUAACUCUGCAAUGGUUUAAAAGAAUGAGAGGAAUUAAUUUCUAUGAUAAGGUUGAUUCAAGAGUGAAGACAUUAUUAGAAAAAUACCCAGAAGUAUUUAGUAACCGUUUAGGGACUAGAAUUGAACAAGAACUUGAUUGCUUAGAAGACCAAGGAGUUUGGAGGAAAGUCCAGUAUUCUAAAUGGGCAGCCCUUAUAGUGCCUGUUUUAAAGAAUUCUAAGGAUCCUACUGGUCCAAUAAGAAUAUGUGGAGAUUAUAAGAUUACAGUAAAUCAAGCAGCCCCAGUUGACAGUUAUCCAAUACCAAAUAUCACUGAUCAGUUAGCCACUAUUGCAGGAGGAGAGAGAUACACCAAGCUUGAUUUGUCUCAAGCUUAUCAACAAUUGGAAUUAGAUGAAACUUCGCGAGAGUUUUUAACUAUAAAUACUCACCAAGGGUUGUAUCAGCCGACUCAUCUUCAAUUUGAUGUACAUAGUACAACUGGCAUCUUUCAAAGGGAGAUGGACAGGAGGCUGGGCAGACUGUCAUUUGUAAAAGUGCAAGUAGAUGACAUACUUAUUUCUUGGAAAACUGAUGCAGAGCAUCUGAACAACUUAGAAUCUGUUUUAAAAAUUUUGAAAGAAUCAGGACUGACGCUAAAAGUAUCUAAGUGCUCAUUCAUGCAACCUGAGGUGGAGUUUUGUGGAUUUAUAAUUAGUCAGAAAGCUCACUUUAACCCAUCAAGGAAAAUCGUGGUUCACUGUGACGCCAGUCGAUAUGGCGUAAGAGCCGUUUUGAGUCAACAACAGUAUGAUGGAAGUGAAAAACCUGUCAGUUUUGCUUCAAGAACAUUAAAUAUGGCAGAGCGAAAUUAUGCACAAAUUGAAAAGGAAGGAUUAGCAUUAGUUAUUGCUGUAAAAAAAUUUCAUCAGUUCUUAUUUGGACAAAAAUUUAGAUUGUAUACAGAUCAUAAGCCCCUAUUAGGACUAUUUUCAGAAAGCAAAGCUGCUAGAGUGUUACGCUGGGCUUUGCUAUUGUCAGCUUAUGAUUACCAAUUACUAUAUUGUCCUGGCGAAAAGUACGCAACUGCAGAUGGUCUAAGCCGUUUACCUUUAGAUGUAUCAAAGGAAAAGUCAAGGUUAAAAACCAUAGAGGUGGCUAUGUUGGAACUAGUGAAAACCCCAAUUACAGAAAAACAGUUAAGAGGAGCUACCCAAAACGAUCCAAUAUUAGGAGUGGUCCUGAAUAGAGUGUUAGAGGGAGGGUUGACGAUGGAACCGAGUAAGGUGGAGAUGAAACCAUUUGCAUUAAGGUUUUCUGAGUUAUCAACGGAAGAAGGUUGUUUACUGUGGGGAAGAAGAGUGAUAGUGCCAAGUGUGUUAAGAGAAACGGUACUUGAGGAAUUACAUGAGGUGCAUCCCGGAAUGAAGGCUUUAGCAUGA